AUGGUCAAUGGGAUACUGUCGUUGGCUAUUAAUAUCUUGGUUAUUUUUACGCUGGCGAAAACAAGGCUGGUCGACAAGACUUUAAUCAUGAUCAUAGCUUUUGCGGUGCUGCUUAUUCUAAACAGUUUCGGCGCGAUAUCCAGCGGUAUUCGGCGUAUCUACUACAAGCUAGCCGGUGAGUCGUUGCUAACGCCAUUGCAAUGCAUGGUUGUUGGUGUGCACAUCUGGUUUUACAAUGUCAGCGAAACGUCCAUCUCGAUGCUGAUCGUGUUCAUCUCGGUCGACCGUCUCGUAGCCAUGAUAUCGAUAAGCUUCUACCAACGAAUAACCAUCAAAACCGUGUCAAUCAUCCUUGGCCUAUUUGUGGCAAUCGCCUGUGCUGACGGUGACUGCUUUUUUAACGACAUUUUGCCGCCCAUCUUCUACAGUGUGCACAAACUAUGGUUUUUGUCCAGCGGCUAUGUUAGCAUCUCGAUAUACGCGGUCGCCAUGAUGGUCAGGUACUGUAAGCACAGUAACUCGACCGCACUGCGCACGAUAGAAGAGAGGCGAGAACGGGUGGUCACCAAGAGGCUGUCGCUGAUCCUGCUGGCUACGUUUGCGUUUGUCAGCUUUCCGUUUUCCAUCAUCAACGUGGUGCCGAUCAGAUCCCGUUCUACGUUCCUGUUCGUCGAUGUUAUGUGGUCACUGACACCACUAACAAAAUCGUUCAUCGUUGUCGUCUAUACUUGCUUGUACCCCGCCUCCAAGCAAUACCUUCUUCGAACCGUGCACAUGUUCUUCGCCUGCAAAAUGAAAACGAGAGAAGACCCUGCUCGAAACCAGCCGCCGCAACUGAACAAAUUUUGCUGUUCGAAUAUGCGCGUCGAGAGCAUUGUACAAAACAAUGUCUUGUUAACUGUCACUGCAACUUGA